GAAAAAGCAGUCGGUUUCCUACAUCGCGAGGGAUAAGAUCGUGCCAAUAUUCGAAAUAUAUUGUUUUAGCGAACGAAAAAGCAAAUAUCUACGAAAAACAAGCGCUCAUCUUUACUUUAAAUCCCUGUUAAACUCUGCUGUUCAUCUCCACCUCCAAGUCACUCAACGAAACGAAGAAAAUUUCCUACGCUUAAUUCAAAAUCUUUGUUGCAACACAAAGUAAUACACUCGACUAAAGGUUAAUAUAUUGCAAAAGUGGAUCAACAAGCUGCAGAAAACACCCACGAUUCUUUGGCAGGUGAUUUCAGGGAGCACAGUACUUUAACUUCAAGAGACCCGAGCGUCUGUGCUAUGGACGAAUAUUCAUCUUCGCGAUACUCCAGGCGAUCAACCAGAGAAAGAAACGUUCGAGAAGCUUCACAAAGCAGCUACGCCGGAUCGGUAACACAAUCAUCGAGGUUUGCUACAAGCCGGACCGAGGACCGUGCUUCAAUAUUUUCAUCUAAAGACAAUCGCCUUCAGUCUGGUCUAGAAGACCGUUAUUCGAGGGCAACAUCAAGAGCACGCAGUGAAAUUCAUGAUGAGCAUUCAUCGAGAUCACUUUCAAAACCAGUAAUUACCAAAAAUCUUAAAAGUGUUCAUGUUAAAUCUGGAGAAAAUGCAGUUUUUGAAAUUCAGUACGCUGAAAAACCAGGUCUUGUAACUUGGAUGAAAGAUAAUAAGCCGUUAAAUGAUGCAUUAGCGGAUCGUGUAAGCGCUACGGAAAACGAAUUGAACUAUCAUAGAUUAACAAUCAAGCAUUGUAGUGAAAGUGAUUCUGGGACAUAUACUGCAAAAGCUGUAUCAGGCAUUCAAAGCACAUCGAGCUCAAGUCAACUUAUUAUUGGCGAGGAUAAAGCAGUAGGCGUCAAAGACAUGGAUCAGGAACCGGUAUUUUUAGUUAGCUUGAAAGACACCGAGAUGCUGGAGUUUUCAUUCUUCAGAUUUCUGGUUAAAGUUCUUGGUGAUCCUAAACCUAAAGUUCAUUUCUUCAAGGAUGGGGUAGAAAUAAUUGAAUCUGAAAGGAUACAAAUUAUUCGUGAUAAAGACUACCUCGGAUUUUAUGAGCUAGUAAUAACUGAGGUGCUUUCCUCUGAUGCAGGAGUCUACUCAUGUGAGGCUGAAAACAAAUUUGGAAAAACAUCUUGCCAAGCUAAUGUUACAACAAUAGAGGAUAAAAAUGUUUUUGGUUCUCUUAGUGGACAAAUACUUCCAGCUGGUGAGAAAGCUGCAUUUACUUGGAAGAGAAAUGGAGUUGACUUUGAUCCGGAAGAACGUUUUAAAGUCCUCUUCGGUGAAGAUGAAGAUUCUUUAGCAUUAGUUUUUCAACAUGUUAAGCCAGAAGAUGCUGGAAUUUAUACUUGUGUGGCACAAACGACCACUGGAAAUAUUUCAUGUAGUGCUGAGCUAUCAGUUCAAGGAGCAAUUCAAACUUUGAACAGAGAACCUGAGCAACCAACUCUUAUAAUAGAGCAUAGAGAAGCAAAUGUAGCAGUUGGAGGUACAGCAAUUUUGGAACUUCAAUGCAAAGGUUUCCCAAAACCAGCCGUGCAAAUGACACACGAUGGAGAAAUUAUUUCAGCUGAUAACCGUCACCGAAUAUUAUUUGAAGAUGAAGAAACUAUGUCAUUGCUUAUUAAAAAUACAAAUACUGAAGACGCUGGUGAAUAUAUAAUUAGUGCCAAAAAUGAGCUGGGAGAAACUUCGGGCCAAAUUAAUCUGGUAGUUCAAGCACCUCCCAAAAUUAAAAAACCCUCCAACAUCACUUGUUUUGCUGGCGACGAUGUCGAAAUGGAAGUUGAAGUCGAAGGAUGUCCUAAGCCAGACAUUAAAAUCUAUAACAACGGAAAAGACAUAACGAACGAAAGUUAUGUAAAAAUAACUUCAACCAGUAUCGGCAAGAGUACAGAGAAAAUCAAGAUAACAAUCACAAAGAUAAGCCUUGAAAAUUCUGGAUCAUUCUCAAUAACAGCCACCAACGAAUUAAACCAAACUUCAGAGUUCUGGGAAUGUGAAGUACGUAGUGGUCCAGUAAUAAUUAAACACCUAGAAGAAGAAUACGUUUAUGGGGAACACGAAGAUGUUAUAAUGUCGGUUAGGAUAGAUGCAUACCCCUCGCCUACAAUAAAAUGGUUUGAAGAUAAAACUGAGCUGACCACCAAAGACAAAAAGUAUACAAUGUCCGUGGAUGGCAAUUGUUAUACGCUGAAAAUUCAUGAUGCCACAAGAAUCGAUGCUGAAAAGUAUUCAAUGGAAGCCAAAAAUGAACAUGGAUCGGUUAAGGAUCAAACAAACCUACGCAUUAAAUGUCCUCCAGUAUUCAGAAAAAAACUUCAGAAUAUUAUCGUCAAAGAAGGUGAUACAAAUGUUGAGCUCAAUGUGAAUGUCGAUUGUUAUCCAAGGCCAGGAAUCAAGUGGUAUAUUGACGGAAUUGAAAUUGAUGAAAAACGCAAAGAUUUCAGGCAAGUCGAAGAAGGAGAUGAGUUCAAGUUGAUAUUGAAGGAAGCUAUCGUUUCCCUGCAAGCUUGUUAUUCAUGUAAGCUUCUAAACGCCUAUGGAAGCUUGGAAAGUGAUUGCCAAGUUGAAGUGCAUUGUGUGCCAAAAAUAAAGAAAUUCACAAAGGACUGUGAAAUCCUUGUGGGUGAAACCUUAAAACUGGAAGCUGAGAUAUACAGUUUGCCAGAAGCUGAAGUGACUUGGUAUAAGGAUGGCCAAGAAGUAUCUGCAGACGCCCGAAUCAAAAUAAGUCGUGAUUCUCAAAGAAUUGAGAACUAUUACAUGACAUUAAACUUGAUCAAGGUUUCUGAUGCUGGAAUCUAUCAAGUCAGAGCUAUGAAUAAAGAAGGAUACAAUGCACAAAAGGUUGAAGUUGCAGUUUUAAGUAAGUUAGCUUGGGAUACUUACAAUAAGUAUUUUUUUUUAACAACUAUUAAAUUUUUAGCUCUUCCUGAGCUUCUCCAUGGAGAUUUGUUUGAUUCAAAAUCAUAUGAAUCAGUGCCUCUCAAGUACGAAGUCAUCGCUCGUGGUAUACCUAAGCCUGAAGUAGAAUGGUUGCACAAUGGAAAACCAAUGAAGGCAACUGAAAGAAUUCUCAUAUCAAACGAAGGGGAAAAAUACAAAUUGGAAAUCAAAGAGCUUAAACUUGGUGAUGAGGGUGAAUACAAGGCUGUUAUUAAGAACAAGGUUGGAGAGCAGUCGCAAAAAUGCGUACUUUCGCUUGAAGGAGUUGCCGAAUAUAGAAAACCGAUAUUGACCAAGGGACUGCAUGACAUAUCUGAAGAAAAGGGAAACAAACAUACUUUGUCAGUAGUUGUUACUGCUGAUCCUGAACCGAAGAUUACAUGGCUGAAAGAUGGAAAUGUUGUUCAACCAGAUGCUAAUAUCCAAAUGAAUGUUAUUAAAAAAGAUCUCGAACAUGGACUUAAAGAAUUUACAUACCAGCUGACCUUUGCAGAAACUCAACAUUUCGAUACUGGACGAUAUGAGAUCCGCAUCGAAAAUAAAUACGGUUCACUUAACUCGAGCUGCUGGUUGGAUAUUCUUUCCAAGCCAGAAAUCGUGGGUUUAAAGGACCAGUUUUGCAUUCCAUCCGAAGCAGUUGUGUACGAUGUUCUUGUAUAUGCUAAUCCCAAACCAAAGGUUACAUGGUCAAGGCACAACGAAAACCUAUGCAAUAAUGAAAACUUUGAAGUCAUCGCUGAUGUCGAAGCUGAAAAGUAUAGAUUGGUCAUUCACUCGGUAGCACCAACAGAUGGAGGAGUUUACACAAUCACUGCCAUAAAUAAAUGUGGAACAACAAAACAAGAUUUCAAAUUAAAUAUUCACGUUGAGAAACCUGCAUUUGUUAUUGCACCUGAGGACCAAAAAAUAUGCGACCAUCAUCCAAUGAGGACUGAGGUUCAAGUACAUGGAAUACCGCAACCAACAUUAGAGUGGUUCAAAGAUGGACAACCAAUCGACUAUAAGGCGAAGAACGAUAAGAAGAGGAGCACAUAUGUAGCUGAAUUCAAGGAAAUUGAUGAAGACCAAAUUUUCAGCUCUUUGUCCAUUGAAGAUUUUAGGCCAACAAAUGAAGGAAUGUAUUCCGCAAUUGCAAAGAACGAAGUUGGAACAACCGAAGUGAAAUUCGAAUUGGAACUUGUUCAAACAGCACCAGUCUUUACAACUCCUUUAGCAAAAUCGGUUGAAGUUUCACAAGGACAACCUCUUAUAUUAGAAACCGCUAUAACUGGAAGUCCUGCGCCCGAAGUAAAAUGGUAUAAAGAUGGAAACGAGAUAUUCCCAGGUGAAGGUAUAAAACUUGAAGCAACUCCUGAGGGACUUAUUCGUUUGGAAAUCGAAAAAGCAAGCCCCAGCGAUUCCGGUUCAUAUAAACUCGUCAUUAGCAAUCCAAAUGGAGAAAUUAAAUCACUUUGUGCUGUUGCUAUUAAACCGGAACCCAUGGCUCCGGUAUUUGUUGAGCCUUUUGAAGACAUCAAAGCAGUUGAAGGUUCUCCAGCAACACUUCAAGCUAAAGUUCUUGGAUUCCCAUCACCACAAGUUUUAUGGUUCAAAGACGGAACACCUCUUCAUCCCACACAGUCGCUAAAUUUCGUCAAUAAGCCUAAUGGUAUAAUUGGUCUAUGCAUCGAUCCUGUCAAACCUCAAGACGCUGGAUCUUAUAAAAUAGUUAUUGCCAAUAGCGAAGGCGAAAUUGAAAAGAAGGUUAACGUGGCAGUUGUUCCACAAUCAGCCAAGCCUUCAUUUGUUGCCGACUUACAAGACAUUCAGAGUGUUGAGGGUUACCCUGUUAAAAUGAAUGUUAAGGUAGUCGGUUUUCCACCACCAGCUCUUAAAUGGUAUCACAAUGGUGAAGAAAUUGGAGAAAAGGACAAAAGAUUUGCCAUUGUUGAAAAUCCAGACAAUAGCAUAAGUUUGAUUAUUGAAAAAGCCACACCUACCGACUCGGGACUCUUUGAAGUUGCAGCUGUAAAUGACAAAGGCAAGAUAUCAUCAAAGGGCAAGCUUUGCAUAGUGCCAAAAGCUGAUGAAUCAACUUUCGAACAUCCACCGCAAUUUUCAUCUUCGCUUCGUGAUGUAAAUGCUGAUGAGGGCCAAGAAUUAACUAUAUCAGCUCCAUUCAUUGGAAAUCCAGUUCCGGAGACUAUUUGGUCAAAAGAUAGCAUUCCGUUGUCUCCAAAUGACCGAGUCCUUAUGACUUGUGAUGGAAAAUCCGUGGCCUUAUCGAUUAAUCCAGUACUUCCAUCAGAUUCUGGAGUUUACAGUUGUUUGUUGGCAAAUCCCUUGGGCGAAGAUGUUUCUGAGUGUAUAGCAAAUGUCCGUAAAAUAUACAAGAAACCACAAUUUACCCAGAAACUCAUAAACCUUCAACAAGCCGUGGGAAAGGACGCUAAGCUUGCUGUAACUGUUUCUGGUGUUCCAUAUCCAGAGCUGUUUUGGUACUAUCAAGAUAAACCACUGCAAGACAGCAAUAAAUACGAAGUAAAGAACGAUGGCGAUCAUCAUAUACUCCACGUUAAGAACCUAACACAUGACGAUACUGGUUCUUUCAAAUGUAUUGCUAGAAAUAGAGAGGGAGAAGAUAUUACCACCAGUCAUUUGGAAGUGGUCCCUGAAAUGACUAAACAUUCCCGAUCGGAAGCACCAUCAUUUUUGAAAAAAAUUGGCGACACCGAAGUUUCUCACGGGAUGUCGGCCAAAUUCACAGCGUGUGCCACAGGAUUCCCAGAACCAGAAGCUGAAUGGUUCAAAAAUGGUCAAAAACUUUUCCCAACUGAUAAAAUUUCCUUUGAUUACGAACCAAAUGGAAUUAUACGGCUUAACAUUAAGGAUGUCGACGAUAGUGAUGUGGGGCGAUACUCUUGCAGAGUAUUCAAUCCUCUAGGAGAAGAAACGUGUCAUGGAGAACUUUUCUAUGAUGCAUCAUUGGAUCCACAUCCUCAUGCAUCGAUUGGUGAUCAAUAUGUUGGAUUUGACAAGCAUAAGAAAUCGGGAGUUCCAGCUCCUUUGUCUGAGAAGCCGUACAUUGCUAAAAUGACAGAAAGACGCCUUAAUUUAGCAUGGAAACCAUCCUUGCCUCUAACACCAAGAUAUCCUGUUACUUAUCAAGUUGAAGCUAUGGAUAUGCCAGAGGGAGAUUGGCGCACUAUCAAAACGGGAAUUCGUGGAUGUGCUUUAGACAUAAGAGAUCUUGACCCACAAAGAGAUUAUAGACUUAGAGUUCGAGUUGAAAAUCAAUUUGGUGUUAGCGACCCAAGUCCAUAUUUGCAAACCUAUAGGAAAAAACUUGUUCCUGAAGCUCCAAAGAUCUAUCCUUAUCUACCACCAGGAAUUGAUUUCAGACCCGACAUCUCACCAUACUUUCCGAAAGACUUUGAUAUUGAACGACCUGCACAUGAUAAACUGGCUCAUGCACCUCAAUUCCUGCGCAGAGAAGCAGAUGUUUCUUAUGGUGUCAAGGGUCAUGACACAAACUUAAUGUGGUUUGUUUAUGGAUAUCCUAAGCCUAAGAUGACUUAUUAUUUCAACGAUGUUCUCAUUGAAUCUGGUGGCAGAUUUGACUACAGCUAUACCCGAAAUGGCCAAGCAACGUUAUUUAUUAACAGAAUGCUAGAUCGUGAUGUUGGAAUUUAUGAAGCAGUUGCAUCCAAUGAACAUGGAGAAGCUCGACAAAGAGUUAGAUUGGAAAUUGCCGAACAUCCACGAUUCAAAAAACGCCCAGAUGAAUUAUAUAUUAUGUCGAGAAAAAGUGGAAGAAUCGAAGCACAUGUUGUGGGAGUUCCUUAUCCUGAAAUUAAAUGGUUUAAGGACUGGCAACCAGUAACAGAUACUAGCAGAUUAAAGAUAAACUUUUACGAACCUGAUAUUUGUGUCCUGUCAAUCCACGAUGCUAUUCGAAAAGACGAAGGUUUGUAUUCAAUCAGCGCUAGAAACGUUGCUGGAUCAAUCAGUACGUCCGUUAUGGUGCACAUUGAAGACGACGAGGAUCAAUACAUAUACAAAACCUACGGCAGGCAUCCAUACGUUAGAUCGAAACCAAUUGCCUUUACUGAUAAAUAUGAUAUUGGAGAUGAACUGGGUCGCGGUACUCAAGGUAUAACAUACCAUGCUGUUGAACGUGCAACAGGUGAAAGCUAUGCAGCCAAAAUAAUGCAUGGCAGAUCAGAACUCCGUCCAUUUAUGCUUAACGAAAUUGAAAUUAUGAACAUGCUGAAUCACAAAAAACUCAUACGUCUUCAUGAUGCUUAUGAAAUGGAUCAUGGCUACAAUCUUAUCAUAGAGUUGGCAUCUGGUGGUGAAUUGGUGAAGGACAAUUUACUCAAACGAAAUUACUACACUGAGAGGGAUAUCUGUAGCUACAUGCGACAGCUAUUGCUGGGAUUGGAAUACAUGCAUGACAUUGGUGUGGGUCAUAUGGGAUUAACGCUUAAAGAUUUGUUGAUCUGGGUACCUGGAGGUGAUAAUCUUAAGAUUUGUGAUUUCGGACUUUCGCGAAAAAUACAUUUAAGUCGACUUGCCACACUAGACUUUGGAAUGCCUGAAUAUGUUUCUCCAGAAGUUGUAAACCGCGAAGGAGUUAGCUUUUCGCAUGAUAUGUGGUCAGUGGGCAUAAUAACAUAUGUCCUAUUAUCUGGUUUUAAUCCAUUCAGAGGAGCAACGGAUAGGGAAACGUUGACAAAGAUUCGCGAGGGCUAUUGGGACUUUAACGAAACCUUAUGGAAGGACAUAAGCUUCGAAGCCAGAGAUUUCAUUAAAAAGCUGCUUGUUUACAAUGCUGACGAGCGAUUGGAUGUCAAAACUGCUUUAAGACACCCCUGGUUCUUUAUGCUUGACCGAAAGGACUAUGACGGUUACAAGAUAAGCUCAGACCGUCUAAGAAACUACUACAGGGGUUAUUCAGAUUGGUAUGCCAAUGCUUCCUGCAAUAAUUACUACCGCAGAAGAUUCUUGCACGAUGCCUUUACUCAUCCUUCGGAAAUGGUGUAUCCACCCGGAUUUAAAUACACUCCGGAUAAUUCACCUGAGCGUUCACCUGAACCCAAAAAAAGAUCACAACUUCCAUGGAAAGAUACAGGAUCGAAAUAUUUACAUCCUGAUUACGAACUUGGUUUAAUUGAGUCAGAGAGUCGCUACCAAUACGGUCCAGAUACUUAUCUGCUACAGUUAAGAGAUGUUAGCUUCCCUGUGAGGCUGCGCGAGUACAUGAAAGUCGCUCAUAGAAGAUCACCUACUUUUGCUUUGAACGAUAACCUGGAUUGGAGUUUGCCUGUCAUAAGGGAACGAAGGCGUUUCACGGACGUAAUGGACGAAGAAAUCGAUGAUGAACGCAAAAGUCGAAUUGGUUCUUAUACCGUUAAUGAAUCCUACUCAAUUCGUCGUUUAAGAACUGAACUGGGACCUAGACUGGAUCAGUAUGCUGAAGCAGACGCUCUAAUUGAAAGUCAGAGAGAAGGCAAUCCACCAUUCUUUAGGGAAAAGCCACAAAUUCUGGCAAUAACCGACGGUAAGCCUGCUUAUCUUCAUUGCUUCGCUGUUGGUGAUCCUAAGCCCAGCAUACAAUGGUUCAAAAACGAUAUGGUUAUAAUCGAGAACAAACGCAUAAAAAUCGUUGUCGACGACGACGGAAGAUCAAUAUUGAAAUUCGAUCCUGCAAGUCUAUACGAUGUUGGAAUUUAUAAGGCUGUUGCAAGAAAUAAGGUUGGGCAAACCACGGCGCGUUGUCGUGUUGUUAUAGCAAACUUGCCAAACCCACCAGACUCCCCAGAAGCCUCUGGUGUCAGUGCAACAGAGGUCCUUCUUCGUUGGAAACAACCCAGGUGUGAUGGCAACUCUGCUGUGCUUUGCUACAGCCUGCAAUACAAACAAGCCUCUAGUGACCAAUGGACAACAAUAGCAGACAACAUUGAUCAUGAAUUUUAUUUAGUUCAUGGCCUUCAACCCCAAGAAAACUAUAACUUCAGGCUUGCAUCAAGAAACCAAAUCGGAUGGAGUGAAAUGGGAAUACCGACAAAUGUAAGAACAUCCGGAGGAGAUUCUCCGAAAAUAACCAUAACCAAAGCAAUGAAACACCUGCAACAACUCACCGAAAGUGGCCACGAAAUUGUCUCUGAGGAAAAGAAAGUGCACGUAGACUAUCAGCUGGAACGUGAGUCCCUCAGUUGGAUAACCGACUCUGACAUAAGUGAUAAAUAUAGCUUUAUUUCUGAAAUUCACCGGGGUAAAUUCAGCACCGUUGUCAAGGGAAUUCAAAAAUCGACAAAUGCCAUGAUUGUUGGUAAAAUUUUCGAAGUCAAUAAAAACAACGAGAAUUCUAUUCAAAACGAAUUCGAACAUUUGAGAACACUUCGCCACGAACGGAUAGCUUCUCUGUUCGCUGCAUACAGUCCACCAAAUCUGCCUAUUAAAAUAUUUAUCAUGGAGAAGCUUCAAGGUGCUGAUGUGCUCAACUAUUUCAGCAGCAGACACGAAUAUACAGAGCAAAUGGUUGCAACUGUUAUCACUCAACUUUUAGAUGCAUUGCAAUACCUCCACUGGAGAGGUUUUUGCCACCUUGACAUUCAACCCGACAAUAUUGUCAUGUCGACUGUACGUUCGGUGCAAAUUAAACUUGUUGACUUUGGCUCCUCGAGGAAAAUCUCGAAACUAGGAUGUUCGGUUCCAGUCUGUGGGCUGCUGGAUUACCAAUCUCCAGAAAUGAUAAAUGAAGAAUUUAUCCUGCCUCAAACCGAUAUUUGGUCAGUUGGUGUAAUCACUUACAUUCUUUUAUCCGGUUCAAGUCCGUUUAGGGGAAAUGACGAAUCAGAAACCAGGCAGAAUAUUUCAUUUGUUCGUUACCGUUUCGAAAAUCUGUACAGUGAAGUUACCCCAGAGGCGACACGUUUCAUAAUGUUCUUAUUCAAGCGAAACCCAAGUAAACGUCCUUAUUGUGAGGAGUGUCUGGAACACAGAUGGUUGGCUGCAUCCGAAUAUAUGAACAAGAAGCGUGAGAGAUCUGUAUUCCUUGGCAAUAGACUUAAGGAAUUCUCUGACGCAUAUCAUGCGGAAAAAGACGCAGAGGCAUCAUCGUCAGAAAAUCUCGCAGCAUUGGGCAGCGGACCCACACCAAGGCAACUAUUAAGGUCCAAUAGUAUCCAGGAUGAGUUGAUGACUACCUUUUAGAACAGAGACUUAUUUUCGUGCGUUUAAUGAUGAAGCUGUUUUGAUGUAUAAAGCAAAUCAUUUAACGAAAAAUUCUAGCAAUUAAAACAAUAUUUAUUUUAUUUUACUUCUAUAUUGGCAAACGAUUGUUUUUCUCAAAAUAAAAUGUUAAAUUAUUUAUUACUGAA